AUGCAUUCGUUUGUGCAUGAGCACGUUCUGACAAAAGUCGGCGAGGAGACGAACGAUAUGGGCGCCUCCGAUUUGGAAAGUAUUCAGAAGAAUGACGGAACGACGGCAGGCGAGAGAUUUGGCGAGUGUAUUGUGCAGAGUGAGGAGUUUGAUCUCAUCAGGAUCGUCAGUUUUCUCUUCGGCACGGACGAUUGUCGUCAGAUCGGUGGGCACAAUCGUUCCAAACGUCACAUUAAUGAGUCGCUGGCGUUGUGCUUCGACGGCACGACGACGUUGUAUCGAGAAAUUCACGAAUCCACGUGUCUUUACGCCGUCUGGUUUGCUGGAAAAACAGAGGAAAAGUUCGAUUAA